AUGUGACACGAAAAUGGUAAAUAGUUACGAUGAAAUAGACAUUACUCGACAUAGAUGUCAGCUGCGAACAGUAUUUCUGUUGACGAUAGUACCCUUCUUUAUCCGUAGUCUCUGGAUCUAAUAAUUGUAUGUGCCGCCGGUUUGAAGAGUCAAAACAAACCUGUGUGAUUUGCAGUAGUUGUGAUUACAUUUCACAGAAAAACUAUCAAAUAGCAUCGACAUGAGUCGAAGAAAAAGAGCGAAGGUGGAGUAUAGAGAAAUGGAGGAAAAGUACAAUCAAUUGGAAGAUGAAAAUGCUUCAGAUACGUCAGAGAAAUCUAAACCCGGACUUGUGACGCCAGAAAAAAAGGUUGUACCUGAAGUUAAAAAAGAAUCCGAGACUGCUAUACCACAAUCUGUCCCUACAUCUUCAGUGCCUAAACUUGAAGUGAAAGAUGAAGAUGAUCAAGAUAGCGAUCAUGAAGAUCCUCAUGUGAAAGAAUUGCUUAAUGGAUUGGAGGGGGCAGCAUUUCAAAGUCGUCUUCCAUUCGAUAAGUUAACUUCUACUGAAGCAGCCUGUUUUCCAGAUGUUUCUGGUGGUCCACCGCAAACUCAAAAAGUUUUCCUUCACAUUAGAAACAGACUUUUGCAACUGUGGCUUGAGAAUCCCAAGCAACAGUUAAUAAUAGAAAAUGCUUUACCAGCAAUAGAACCACCUUAUAACAGUGACAGUGUAUUGACACGUAGAAUUCAUGCAUUUUUAGAAAGACAUGGUUUUAUUAAUUUUGGCGUAUUUAAACGUCUUAAGCCAUUACCUACUAAAAAAUUAGGUAAAGUGAUAGUGAUUGGAGCAGGCAUUGCUGGCUUAGCAGCAGCUCAACAAAUGCAGCAGUUUGGUUUAGAAGUAAUUGUACUCGAAGCAAGGGAUCGCGUCGGUGGUCGCAUCGCAACGUUUCGUAAGUCAUCGUACAUAGCCGAUUUAGGUGCUAUGGUGGUUACGGGUUUAGGUGGGAAUCCUGUGACGACGCUUAGUAAACAAAUUAACAUGGAGCUUCACAAAAUUCGGCAAAAGUGUCCAUUGUACGAAAGCGACGGUCAAACGGUUCCAAAAGAUAAAGAUGAAAUGGUAGAAAGAGAGUUUAACCGGUUAUUAGAAGCGACAUCGUAUCUUUCUCACCAAUUAGAUUUUAAUUACGUGGGUAGUGCCGGUUCCGGACAAGGUGGUAACACGCGACCGGUUUCCCUGGGUCAGGCUUUGGAAUGGGUGAUACGUCUUCAAGAACAAGGUGUCAAGCAACGUCAAGUUGCUCAUUUACGUUCAGUUUUAUCGCUUCAAGGUCGGCUUAUCACCAAUCAACAUAGGAUGAUAGCGAUUAUGGAUCGUUUGGUGGAGUUGAAUAAACAGUACAAGGAAAUGACUGAAAGUAAAUUACAAACACGGGACAUAACUCAAGAAUUUGUUUUACGUUCUAAAUUACGUGAUCUUCAUAAUGCGUGUAAGGAAUGGGAUCAACUUGCGGAACAGCAAAAAGAAAUUGAAGCAAAAUUACAAGAGUUAGAAGCUUCUCCUCCUAGCGACGUGUACCUCUCCUCGAAAGAUCGUCAGAUAUUGGACUGGCACUUUGCGAACUUGGAAUUCGCCAACGCGACGUCGCUGUCGAAUUUGAGCCUGAAACAUUGGGACCAAGACGACGACUUCGAGUUCACCGGCAGUCAUCUUACAGUUCGCAACGGCUACUCGUGCGUACCUGUUGCUCUAUCGGAGGGCCUGGACAUCCGGUUAAACACGGCAGCUAGAGCGGUUCGGUACGGGGUGAACGGCGUGGAAGUGUGGGCCGCACCGUCUCGCAGCCCCCACACGAAUCACACGGUGUACAAAGCGGAUGCUGUGCUGGUCACGUUGCCUCUCGGUGUCCUGAAGGCUUCCGCCCCGCCAUCCGCGGUCGCCUUCAACCCGCCGCUUCCGGACUGGAAGUCCCAGGCUAUACAGAGGCUUGGCUUUGGCAAUUUAAAUAAGGUGGUGCUGUGCUUCGAGAGAAUCUUCUGGGACCCGACCGCUAAUCUAUUCGGCCACGUGGGAAGCACGACCGCGUCUCGUGGUGAGCUUUUCCUCUUCUGGAACCUCUACAAAGCUCCUGUCCUCUUGGCCUUGGUUGCCGGCGAAGCUGCCUGCGUGAUGGAGAACGUCAGCGACGACGUGAUCGUUGGUCGUUGCAUCGCCGUCUUAAAGACAACCGUAGUGUCAGCUCUCACCGACGUGAUGUUUCAGGGAAUCUUCGGCAACCAAGUGGUGCCGCAGCCCCGCGAGAGCGUGGUGACAAGAUGGCGAGCAGAUCCGUGGGCACGAGGCUCCUACAGUUUUGUCGCAGUCGGCAGUUCCGGCAGCGAUUACGAUCUCCUAGCAGCCCCAGUCGCACCCCCAGCCACCCCCGGUGCUCCACCACCCCAACCAAGAGUCUUCUUCGCGGGCGAGCACACCAUAAGAAAUUACCCAGCGACCGUACACGGUGCUUUCCUCAGCGGCCUUCGAGAGGGUGGACGAAUCGCGGACCAGCUUUGCGGAAGUCCGUACGCGCCACCGACGAUGCCCACUUCCGGUCCAGCGUCGACGAGCAUGCCUUCCGCAACCACCGGUCCCACCUCCACGCCUUAGCGAUCCACCAACGAAAACGUAGCGUUCGAUCGAUAACGCUCCGCGUUAUUCCUGCUCAGAUAACGAUGGGACUCGUGUCUCGUUCGAUUUAACGUACCGUUAAGUUCGCUCCGUGCUCCGACCAUACGAGCACCGGAAGCGCGAUUUAGCUAGGAGAAUCUGACCACCGGUGACGAAUUUCUGCUACGAUCCUACAACUCCUUUUUAAGUAUUUCGCUUGUAAAUACGUUAACCUCGUAAUACGAAUAGUUACUCGUAUUGGUAUUACGGUGUCUGGGUAUAUUUGGAUUAAUUUAGUUGUAUUUCAAAUUGAGUUCCGCCAUAACUUCUAAUGCUAUCGGAGUGGACACAUUUCGAUUAAUAUAACAUAUUGUCGUAUACGAGAUUGCGUCUAAAUAUUGAACUCUAAAUAUAUUUUCGAGAUUAGUUUCUAUCAUCCGAAUAGACCCAGGCGUCGAGGAGUAAGAUCGAUCUGGUUUCAGAAUGGAAUCGAGAAUUCGAGGACUCGACUUGUUGCUACGGUUUCCUGAAUUAUUUAAUUGUGAGAUUAUCCGAAUAUUCCCUCUCUAUCCCUAUGAUUGUAAACUUCGUAAUUUCAUUUUUUAUACAGAGCUUUUCAUUAUACGUAAAUUUUUAUUCGAGAAAGUUUGUUGGAUAGAAGUCUAGAGAAAACUUAGAAAUAGAGUCCAGCUUUAGAAACCUUGGACUUAUCCUAGGAAAAUGUUAGAUCUUAGAAGAAGGGAAAUUAAAAAAAUUUCAAGAUCCUUGUGAGAAACCUAGUGAACUAAAUUAAAUUUUUAUUUCCCUCAUUUUCUAUACCUAAUGUAAAUAAAAAUCUAGUAAAGGACCUUCCCGUUAAAAUAACUAGGAUCGAGGAUCGUGGCAGGAUCCUCAACCAUGGUUUCAUAUUCCAUUUCGUCCAUGAAAGCAGUAUAUUUGAUAAAUCAUCCCAUUGAGAUUUAAUAAUCAUCAAGAUCGAGUAACUCUCAUAAUUGAUUUUCUCAUUGAGUCCCAAGAAUUCAUCCACUGUUGCGAUCCUUGGCGAUUCCAUCUUCGAGAAAGCUUGAAGAACCCGGGCGAAAUAUGAAUUUAACUGAGGAUCGUAGCAGACUUAGAUUCAUACGCUCCUAUGAUCCUCGAUUUCUGGAUCGGUUAGGAGACUCGAGGAUCGUAGCGCGAUUAGGUAGAUCGGUUCAUAAUAAGAGAGUCGUGCCUUUGCUACGUUCAACCUUCAUCCAUACCUGCGAAACAUUUAGCCUGUAUCAUAUCGUAGGAUCAUUUCAUUGUACCCUUAUUGUAUUUUACCUUAUGCUUCAAGAUCUCCGCAUGCUUCUCGAGCGUUUCUGUCCAGACCUCGUGGUUCAGGAUCAUGCUUCCGCGAGACUUAUUCAUCGGCGACGUUCAACAAAGAUGUUCUCUUGUUUCUGGAUGAGGACACGUAUUUUUGUGAAGUGGAAGAUCAAUUAUUUGUAAAUUACUUAUUGUGAAAUUACGAACGAACGCAUCUCGGCAAUGGCUGCCAGACAUCGACGGGAUUAAUCAUUUGGAAUCACUGAUCGAUAUUUAACAUAUCAGCUCUCUCAAAGCGAUACGCUGCUAAGUUACGCUCGUAUUGAAACAGUCUGAAUAGUUCGAUGGUGCGCCAUGAUGAGAUGACUUCGUUCGAGGACCAUUUGGUUCUCAACUAACUUCGGCGAGCGAGAUUCGAAUAGAACUCAGGAGGAUCCUCCUAAACUGUCGGACUACGUCACUUCAGAGUAUUUCUUGCAAACGGACACUAAUGUUAGUCGCGGUGUUUACUUGUGAAAAAUACUCUCGAGUCAGAUUAACGAUUUGAUUGCACCGUUGCUCCUCUAGGUAGACAAUUCCACAUUAUAAUCAACUUUCUCCCAUAAAAUAUAAAGGUUUCUUAUAAAGCUGCUGACUUAACCUCAAAGCAAUCGGUACAUCUUCAUCGGAUGUAACUAAGAUGUCCACCCAUUUUGAGUCUAAGUCAACACAACCUAGCGUAACGAAGUCCAUUUUGAUAUUUAAGCAAUCAAAUUGUUAGCCAACACAAAAAGCAGUCUGCAGGCGUAGUCAGACGUCCAAGCGAUCAAAGCGCGCGUACGAAAGCGAGUUGCGAAUUGCGUGGGCCAAGUGUAAGCGGUAAAUAAACGAUGAAUUGUAAACAUUAAGAUACGUGUCGCAAUUAAAGACAGAGAAUUGUUAAGAUAAUAAGAAACCAA